UGAUUAAAAUUCUCACUAUUAACAAUUCUGUUUCAGAUAAUUACAUCUGUUCUUAUUGAUAUUAAACUGUGCUCAUUUUGCGGUUGUGAAGAUUUGCCUAAACAAUGGAGAUCCAGGGUGAUAUUGCAACAGAACAUACCUAUGUUCAAGUUUUACAAUGUCCUGACCAUGUUGAAAUGAAAGACUUUGAAGAAGACGUGGAAGCAUAUGUAAGAAAUGUAAUAAAUGACACACGUGGAACAUUGGGAAACCUUUUCUAUAAAGGUAAUGUUUCCAUCGCAACUGAACAAAUGGAGUUUGAAAUUCAACUGAACUUGUUCUCAAUGCAAAGCGUUCCGCCGAGAAUAGACGAGUUGCUAAAUGCAUAUCUUGCACCGCUUGUAGAUAGGGGAAUGACUUUGGUAGCCGCCCCGAGGAUUUUACAGAGAAAGAUUGAUGUUGAGCGAGAACCUCGUUACAUUGCAAAACAAGAAGAAAGCCCUGGUUGUGGAAAUAUUCCCGGUGACAAUUUCUGGCAGAAGUUUCUCAACUGGUGGUUGAUUGUUCCAAAAGUCCAGUGCGAUUUCUUUGAUCUGUUGUACCAGCUUUAUACAUUUGACAUAACGCAUCAAGGAUUUAUUCCGAAAUUUGUUCAUUUUUUCACCAUUCCCUGCAACGUUAUGCUGUCCAUGUGUUUCCUUGCACAGUUCUCCUUUUUUGGAGUUAAGAUUGGUAAUGGUGCUUGGCAGAUAAAUGGCAGCUUUGCGCUCUUUCUUGUUCUGGUAAUCAUGUAUCUUAUCAUGGGCCUGAUUAGGAAAUGUAAGACAUGGGGUUUAGCAACAUCUGUCGUGAUAUUUGUUUGCUGGAUUACUGGAAACUUAUGGUAUGCCGUGUACAAAGCACCAGGAAAUUCAUGGUACAACCCGACAACCAUUGCAUCAAAUCCAAUUCUAUGGAGUUACAUUAUAUCCUUCAUCCAAGCUUCUUCGCACCUCGCUGUUCCACAAAUGCCACCUUAUAUCACAGGUUUGCACCAUUGGGAAUCUAUGCAUGCAUUUUUCUGCAAGAAAUACCAGACGUCAGAGAGAACUUGGAGAGGAAGACUUUACAUUGUAGCAGCCCUGCUGUGCUUCCCCUUACUCUCAGUGGCUGUAGCUUGGUUUUCGUGGCCGCAUCUCAUUGGAACAAUGGUCUUCUAUAUCAUGGCAGGAAUUGGUUAUCAACAUUCGUCUUUCAAAAAGUAUCGAAGGGUUGUAGAAAAGGCCGAACUUUCAGGAAACCCGGGCUUAGACCAUUUUCCAACGAGAGUCGAAGACCUCAAGCAAAGCGCCGCUCCCUUUAUUACAAAGCUGCAGGAAUGCCGAUUGGUUUCAAAGAAUGCUACAAGAUCCGAAAUUGUAAAGAGUGUUACAACAUUAAAGCUAUACAAUACAUAUUUUCACCACGGAACCCACGCUCUUGAUGAAAACUUUAAUCAUCACAUGCUUGCAGUCCGAGAAGGUAUUCAUCUGGCAUGAAUAUACAAAUCGCCAACACCUACAAAAUGAACGUUUAGCACCGUACAGAUGUGACAGUCUCAUUUUAAGCUUACGCAAAUCUUGCAUAGUCCAAAUGAUUAAUUUGUAUUCGCUCUAGUUAUACUUCGUUUUAGCUCAUCUGAACCGGACUUUGAGGCUGAUCGAGCUAUUCUGUAUAGAUGGAUGCCCCGUCCGUUGUUUAUCAUCCGUCGUCCACAAUUUACAUAAUA